AUGGCGAUGAGGGUGAGUGCCAGCUUGUUGCACGACUGGGCCAACAUUUGGGCCCUUACGGCAAUUUUUGUCAUGUGCAUCACAGCGCUGGCUUGGGGGGAGGACUCCUACCUUCACAGCAUAGUCGUAGCCCUGACAACUGGCUACUUGAUCAGUGAUGCUCUGUGGGUAGCACUUCAGCCUGGAAUGGUCAAGACGCCCAAAAGCAUCAUCGCCCAUCACAUUGUCACUAUCGUGGUCUUGAUAGAUACCCUUGAAUUUCCCAGUCACAGGGUCAAUGCCAGCCGGGCGCUGGUUGUUGAAGUGAACACCGUCUUGUUGACGCUUCGACGACUUCUUGGUCGCCCGCUGUGGUGUGAAGUGGGCUUCUACUCAACAUGGCUCUUGAUCCGCUUAGUGUGGUUUCCAAUCCUGGGGGCAUCGCUUUUAGUGAGCACCUUCUCCAACUUUCAGGCACUACCGGAACCAUGGGCUGCCGUGCUGGUGGAAAUCAAGCUCCCCCCUGUGCGGGCUUAUGCCAGCAUCUCGUUUGCUGUUGUGGUGCUGCUUCAAUUCUACUGGACAGUGGCUAUGGGACGUGGCUUUUGCCGAUCUUCGCAACCGAAGACCGAUGCCAAAGAGGCCGGAGGCGGCGCCCCAGAGCCUCCUUCAGGAAGCACCUUUCCCCUAGUGGCAGCGACGACCGCCCUAUGCACUAGCUUUGCAUUGCUCCGCUGGAUGGAGACCGAAGAGCGGCUGCGGAAGCGACGAGUCUUCCAGGAUGGGGCGCUCUUGGCCUCGCCGGGCGAGGGGCAGGUCCUCAGCACCUGGGGUGAAGCGAUUGCGACAGUCCGGUUGCCUCAGCAUUGGGAUGCUUUGCAACCAGGGGAGGAGAUUGAUGAUUUGGCGGUGGCAUUGAGAAUUGUUGGCCCAGUACCAGAAGAGGAGAUUUGGACUGGGGCAGCUUUCCAGGCUGCUGUGCCAGGCACUGCUGACGAAUCUGAGCAGCUGGUUGUGAACCAGUCUGCGGUGCAAGCCCGGGGCGAGGGGCCAGUCUUGCUGGAGGCCUUCGUGGCCAAGAAAUUGCGAGAGCACCAGAAAGAGGGUGUACGCUUUAUGUAUGACGCCAUCGCCAAGAAUCGUGGGUGCAUCCUGGCAGACACGAUGGGUCUUGGAAAGUCGUUGCAAGCCUUGGCAUUGCUAUGGGCUGUGCUCUCCAACAACCUCUUGCGGAAGGCCAUUAUUGUUUGCCCGUCCUCUCUUUGUGGGAAUUGGCGUGCGGAAGUGAAGAAGUGGUUGGGUGACAAGCGCUUGAAACCAACGGUGAUCGAAAGCGGGAAAGAGAAGAUUCUCAGCCAAAUCCGUGAAUUCCGAGACUUUGCAUCUCGAAGGCUUUUGGUCAUCUCCUAUGAUCAGCUUCGGAGACAUGUCCAGCUCGUGGAUGAUGUUUGCGACCUGUUGAUUUGCGAUGAAGGUCAUCGGUUGAGAUCGCAGGGUACGGCGACCUCCAAAACACUGGGGCAGAUGCGAUGUCGCCGGCGGAUCCUUUUGAGCGGAACGCCUUUGCAGAAUGACUUGGAGGAGCUCUUUCACUGCGGUCGUUUUGUCCGUCCUGAUCUCUUUGCCCCACAAAGCCCUGGCUACAUGGCCCCGAAAGCAGCGGCCUGGGCUGUGCAAUGUGCACGUGAGCCGCUAGCCACACCUGAAGAAAAGGCAUUGGGGCAGCAGGUCACACGUGAGCUUGAGCAGAAGACUUUGCAAUUCUUGCUGCGACGCACGAUGGAGAUGGUGAACUUCAAUUUGCCGCCACGUGUGGAGAUCGUUCUCCGACUUCGCCUGGCUCCAGUACAGGUUGCUGCCUACCAAGCCCUCCUCAAUGACCUGCAUUGUGGACCGCACAGCAUGGCCAAGGCUUUGAAGUGUGGAUGCCAAGGGUGGUGA